UUAUACAUAUAACAAAUUAUAUAGCCCUUUAAAAGUAAGAUAAGAAAAACAAACUUCGCGGUGGAAAGCUAAACACGUAUUUGUCUCAACUCAGCACAGACGAUUGAGAAACAGAGAUUGGCUUCCUCUUCCUUGGACUCGGGAAUUCGUCGCCGCCGCUCUCCAAAUUCCGGCACGGAUUAGCUCUAAAGCCUGGCCGCGAUGGAAGCCGAGAGGGAAAGCACGGAGCCCACUGCAGUGCCGCCUUCGGCUGCGGUCCGAGCGGUGCUCGGCGACGACGACCUCCUCCGCGAAAUCCUGCUGCGCCUCGCCUUCCCCACCGCCCUCGUCCGCGCCGCCCCCGUCUCCAGGCGCUGGCUCCGGCACGCCUCCGACCCCGCCUUCCUCCGCCGCUUCCGCCGCCUCCACCCGCCCGUGCUCCUCGGCUUCUACCUCAGGGAGCUGGGCGCGCGGGCCCCGCGGUUCGUGCCCGUCUCGCGGGCCCCGGAGCUCGCCGCCGCCGCGGGCCAGUUCUUCAUCAGCGACUGCCGGAACGGGCGCCUCCUCGUCACAGACUUCGACGACCCCACCGCCUGCCGACACGCGGUGCUCAGCCCGCUCCGCCCCGGCCCUGCGCGUGGGAAGAAGGCCGUCCUCCCGCCGGCGCCGAAGCUGAGCCUGAUAUGGUUCUUCCUCACCGAGAAACCCGCCGCCGCCGGCGAAGACGACGGCGCCGUCGCGGUCUUGAUGCUGCCUCUUGGUACGACUACGAAAGCAAAACUCCAAGUGGAUCUGCUCGCUUCAAGAUCUGGCGCCUGGGUCGUCCGUCAGUGCGGUGAUAGAUCUCCCGGAGACAUUGCCUCCAAUUGCGUACACGCUUCCACCGGCCCGAGGCAAGAUCUACAGCUUGACCAAGUCUGGGCGCAUUCUCCGGUUGGACAUGACCGCCGCGAGGAGCUCUCUUCUCCGGCAGCCGGAGAGAGCAAGCACGGACAACCUCACGCUCUCAUGUGGCGAGGAGGGUUCUACGCUGUUCCUCAUCCACGCCGAAGGGUAUCUGCUCAGCAUCUGGCAGCUUCCGACGACCAGCAGCGACGCCGAUGAGUGGGCGCUGGUGUAUGACAGAGUUCAUGUGCGUGAGGCGUGCAGCCGUCGUGAGGAUGUUAUGGUGCUGGCAGUUGAUGACAAUCUGGAGUUUGUGUUCCUGCGGCUGAGGUCGAGUGCGGUUCUCAUGCAUUUGCAUCUGAAGAGCGGGAGCGAGAAAGUGUAUGACGAACUGAUGGUGCGUGAUGGGCGCUUCUUAGAUAUCAACCCCUUCAUGAUGGUUUGGCCUCCGGUCUUCCCAGCAUUGAGGGACGACGACAAUCCUGAUGGAUGAUCUCUUACCUUGGUACGAGAUUGUAUGAGUAUGACCACACCCCACUUUUUGUAUAUAUUUCCUUCCCUGUCUUUGACUUGAAAAGAUCUAUCUCACUAUGCUUGUGAUACAUCUGUUGAUUCAGAAUCUUACCUGGCUGUGACUCUUUUUUUUUUUUUUUUGAAAAACCCCUGGCUGUGACUUUUGUAGAGUGCUUGGAUCUCUUAUUGUUGCCUUAGUAAGACCAUGCUCAAUAAUUCCUUUACUGGCAUAACUUUUGUAAUGUUAAACUUUUGUUCUGCAGUGAGGUAACAUAGAUGCAGAGGAAAUUGAAAAGAUAUGAGUGCGCAAUCACAGGGUCAUGUCUCUCUACUUUGUGUACAAAUGUACAAUUGUUGGUGUAUUGGUGUAAUAGGUAAAUAUGUAGGGACUAUUGUAUAAAAGAGAAUGAAUAAAGAGGAGAAGAGAGUGGCUGUGGGAGAUUGACCCAGCCAGAUAA